CCCGUUGACGAGAUGGAUACAAAUAAUCUUGUGCCUGAAGCACCACCUACAAUAUAUUACAUUCCAGAAUUUAUUACUCCUGAAGAAGAACAAAGGUUAAUGAACAGUGUGUAUGCAGCUCCAAAACCAAAAUGGACACAAUUAUCUAAUCGAAGAUUACAAAACUGGGGAGGGUUACCACAUCCCAAAGGUAUGGUAGCUGAGGAUAUACCACAGUGGUUAAAAACUUAUAUAGACAAGAUUGGUAGAAUUGGAAUAUUUGGAGACUGUUUACCAAACCAUGUACUUGUGAAUGAAUAUGAAGCAGGACAAGGAAUCAUGCCACAUGAAGAUGGACCAUUAUUUUAUCCUGUAGUUUCCACAAUCAGUUUAGGAUCUCACACUUUUUUGGAUUUCUACAGACCAAUAUCUGAGGAUACUCAAGAUUCAACAUCAUUUCAAGACAGGUACUUAACAUCAGUCUUACUACAGCCAAGAAGUUUAAUAUUAGUAUGUGAUGAUAUGUAUAAAACAUAUUUACAUGGAAUAGAAGAAAGGAAUAGUGACGAUGUGACAGACAAAGUGGUUAAUUUGAGUCAAUGUGAAGGAAUAAGAAUUGGAGAAACACUUUCUCGGAAAACCAGAAUCUCUCUUACAAUAAGACAUGUACCCAAAACAAUAAAAAACAAGCUUAUAUUUGGAAAAAGAUGAUAUUCAACAAAAUUGUUAUUUAUUGUUUGUUAUGCAAGUGGCAAUAUCAAAUCUAUUUUAAGAUAGUUAGAAAUAAAAGAAUUUAUUUCAGUGAAUUUAA